ACCGUAGAUCGGUCGAAGGGACGCAGUGUGCAUCCCCGCUCCUGUUAUACAUGAUUCUUAGUUUUCAUAGACAACGACCCUGUAGUGCAGCUGCAAUUUACCGUGUCUUCACCCUUAACCCAAUUCAUCGGUUUAAAAACUGAAGAGAUUUUGCUUCAGUAGACGCACGAAGUUGGACAACCUUUCUUGCUGGUGCUUAAACUACUCAAAUUCAGACGGACUGUGGCCCUGACCAAUGAGAAGUGAGCUGAAGCAACAAACGUCCAAUUAAAGGCCGGAUGGCGAUUUGUGGGCGGUUUAAGGAAACCGUGCGUAAGGUAGAGAGUAGGAAGAGGAGGUCAAAUGCAUUGAACGAAAACGAGGGUGUUUCGGGAGUGAUAUACAACUGUCAUGUUUCACUCGGUGCCCCGCGGUCGGAUCGGUGAGAUUGGUGUAAAUACACUAAGGCUUCAGAGCAGCUGGUCAUUUAGGCGCACUGUCGAGGAGAGCAGAGGAAAGCUUGGGAAGCACCCAUGGCUGGACAGGAGCGUAGGCCUGCUCCUGUCCUGGGUUCAGAGGGCAGGUGUGUACGCCAGCGAGGCUGCGGGGUCUGGCCCCAAAAGGAAGGGCUUGCUCGCUAUAUUUGCGGACCAUUGUAGCUUUGUGACCGGCCAGAGGCUCCGGCGUGCUUGCCAGAUUGGCGAGCUUUACUCCAACCUGUACUCGGAGCGCACCAGGUGGACACUGGUUGGCAACAUAUGGCGCAGUUUUCAGACCAAGCACGCCCCCACUGGGAAACUUGUUGCUGCUCUGACUGGUAUUUUCAUGUGGGAGAAUGAGAAGAUCCAAGAUGAAGAAAUGCACAGGUGUGGACAUGAGCUACAGGCUCUGGAGGCUGUAAAACGUCUAAGUGGGUCUUCGGGGACUGUGACUGGACAACAAGAACUUGGCUGGGAAAUUGUGGUGGAGAAGAAGGACUUCAGGGUGUGGAAGCGACCCAUUCCUAACAGUCAUCUCUAUGAAUACAGAGUAUUGGGCUCUUAUAAUGAUGUCACACCAAGACAGUUCUUCAAUGUACAGUUGGACAUAGAGUACAGGAAGAAGUGGGAUUCUCUUGUUAUCAAGCUUGACGUGGUGGACAGAGAUGCCAGUACUGGCUCUGAAGUUGUGCACUGGGCUACACACUUUCCUUAUCCCAUGUACUCGAGGGACUAUGUGUACGUGCGCCGCUAUGAUGUUGAUGUCAGCAAUAACCUGAUGAUCUUGGUCUCCAGAGCUGUGCAGCAUCCAAGAGUCCCAGAGACUCAGGAAUUUGUGAGAGUCCAUUCGUAUCAAUCAAAGAUGGUCAUUCGCCCACACAAAUCCUUUGAUGAGAAUGGAUUUGAUUACCUUCUGACUUACAGUGACGACCCUCAAACCGUCUUCCCCCGCUACUGUGUGAGCUGGAUGGUGUCAAGUGGUAUGCCGAAUUUUCUGGAGAAGCUGCAUACUGCUGCACUGCGGGCCAAGAACUUGGAAGUAGGAAUUCAGGACUACACGAAUGUCAUUAAAACCAGUGACAUUAACAGACAGUCAAGCCAGGAUCGCCUCACUGGAGAAAACGCCCAUACAGGUGGUCCUGGUCAGAUUUACGCUUGAGAUGGAGGUUUCAUAGAGACCGGAGGUUUUCUUGGUGUGCUUUCACUCGCGCUCGAGUCCAAAUUAAACCCUCCAACCCCAAUCUUAAGGGUGCGUUAGAAGAACUGAAAAUGAAAGUUGCAGUCCACGUUAAUGGCACAUGUCCAUCCAUAAAUGUGUUUAUACUGCUUGUAGAUGAGAUGUCACAAGAAUGUUGGACUACUUUAGUAACAGCAUUGUUGUCAUUGGAGAAAAUGUUGCAAUGGAAGUUGUUUCAGACUGCUGGUCUUGACAUUUUUCUUGCUCAGCUGGGGAAUGCCACCUGACGGUUUCCUGCAACUGUACGAUUGAACCAAAUUUCCUAACUGUAGCGAUAUUUCCGCCUAACAGUUUUUACUAAUGGCUUGUCUUUUGUUUUUAGACAAAGCUUGACUCCGUUCAGAGUGCCAGCAGGCACAUGGCUGUAUUAGCAUCUUAAGCGUGAUUUCAACAAGAUGUGGUGGACAUGAUUUUGACAUAAAACAGCAGCUACAUCCAGCUUCUGGUGGACAUUUUCAUUGAAAUGUUAACUAAUCUUUGGCCAAAAUAUUGCACUGAGAGAAGAAAUGACGCCCCCUGCUGGGAACACAUGGAUUUAAAGCAGGUGGUUUUAUGUUUGUUGGCAGCAUGAGUGAUUUAAAAGACAAGUUUGACUGAAAAAUUACACCAUUACUGUAUUUUAUUUCCACAGAAUUAAAAAAAAAAAAAAAAAAAAAAAAAGAUAUAGGGCUUUUCUUUGCUAUCAAAGGGAUAUUGGUUUACUGUCAGCACUGUUGAGGUAUCAGACGCUUCGUCUCACUGUGUUCCCGUGAGUGUUUAAAGCUUCCAGCCUCCUGAAGAGAAACCAGUCCUUCAGUAUUAGGGGCAUAGUGUCUUAUAACAACCAUAUAAAUCCUCAGAUACAGUGGUGUAAAAUUUAGAGUGUUCAUGCCACAUCACAAGCCAUUUACAUUUCGUGUAAGUUUAAAAAAAAAUAGUGGUGGUCCAAGUUCAGCUCAUAUGUUUUUGUUAUUGUGGGGUUCAUUAACGCAUUUUGCAUUCUUGAAGUUCUGCAUGUUUGUGUGUUACUGUAGAUCUUGUACAUUCAAAAAGCCACAGCUGGAGUUCUGGAAAUCUUUUUUUUUUUUUUUUUUUAAUGGUUGCAAUGAGCUUUACAACUUAUUCUUGAAUUUUAAUUCUACAGUUUAGUUCACAUUCAUCCUACUGAAACUCCUUUGAAUUCAUCCUUCCAAGUCACCCUUGCAUGCAGGGGGGUGCUAUGAAUGUACCAGGAGCAGCACAUGCUACAGAAUAUAACAUCGCCUAAUGAUGUGCACUGUUUACAGCCUGACAGACUGGCACAAAUAUCCUGAAAUAAUUUGUGUUAUUAAAAAAAAAAAAAAAAAAAAACUUCACGUCUUGUAGCGAAAGCUCAUGCCCUUACAUCCAUAAAUGGUACGUCUGAGUGAAUCAGCUGUUUCAAAUUCUCUAUGGUGGUUUUCACUUGAGUGAAGGAGGUCCUGUGUGGGUAUGUGUAUGCUCCCAGUGUGUCAAAAGUGAGUGUAAUUAUAUUCUGUUGUGAAGUGUUUUCCUGCCUCUGUGUUUUUUAACAAUGGCAGUGUAAGAUGAGAUACUCUUGAUAGGUUGACUGUGUAAUUUGUGAAGCUCAUAUUAACCCAAUUAAACAGUGUCAUACUUGCUAAUGUUUAGCCCGUGUGCGAAUGUAACAUCUGAAUAAUCUGUUAAUUGAAGACACCUCUGUGCCACCUGCAGUGUUCAAAACCAGUUUUCACAAUAAAUCUUGUUCAUUUUGCA